AUAACUAUUCUUCAACACUCACGAAGAUGGCCGUUUCUGGUGUGAGAAGUAAUGUAUUUUCAUUUCUUCCUCUUCUUCUUAUUUUAUCAAUCACCCCUUUGUCUUCGUCUUCAUCUUUUUCACCGAGUGACAAAGUCACAAAAGCAUUACUUGACAAACUCUGUUCACAACCAUCAAUUUACAAGCACUUCUGUAUCCCUUGGCUAACCUCUGACCCUACAACGUUCACCCUUGACCUGAAAGGUCUUGUCCCUAUGGUCUUCCAGAAGGCGGAAAUGUUGGGCUAUAAGAAUCUGGCGAUGAUUGAAGGCUUGUAUAGAACAACGAAUGAUCCGACGCUUAAGAUCCCAUAUGGGUCUUGCAUGACAGGUUAUGAAUUCUCAAAUAAAGCACUGAAAAAAGCUAAACAGCUUGCAAGGUCUAAUGCGUACGUGUCAGCAUCUAAGGCAGCUUUUAAGGGCUUUGAUAGUAUUGGCAUGUGCGAAUCUCUGCUAGAAGGAUUGGCAACACCAGCUGAUGUUUCAAAACGCAAUAUGUGGUAUGAAAGAAUGUGUAACACUGGCAUGGCUUUCUUUGAUAUUUUGGCUUUUGGACUAUGA